UUCUGUGCGCACACGCCGCUCGAAGACCGCAUAUUGCGGUGUUACGAUGAUCGAGCGACAAUGACAACUCGAGGCAUCAGAAGAAAGAAGUCGUCGCUUUCUGAAGUGAAAGUGGCAGUGGUGGGCGCGCCCUCUGUCGGGAAAAGCGCGUUGACAGUGCGGUUCCUUACUAAACGGUACAUUGGUGAAUAUGAUCAUCAGCAAGACAGCAAGUACAAACAUGAAGCACUCCUCGACGGCGAGCCUAUAUUAUUCGAAAUAUUAGAUACAUGUCCUAAGAGUAUAGACGAGCUUCCCGGGAACGAGGUAGCGCAAUGGGCUGACGGAUUAUUCUUGGUAUACUCCAUAACAGACAGAGAGUCAUUCAACUAUGUUCGCCGAGCUAAGCAGAGCCUACAGCCAGAUAUUCCUCUCACUCUAGUCGGAAACAAGGCUGAUAUGGUGCAUCUGCGGCAGGUGAGUCCAGAGGAAGGCGAGAUACUGGCCAAAGACUUCGAGUGCAGUUUUGCAGAAGUGGCGGCGGCAGAACAAGUAAAUCAAGUAGGCGACGUGUUUCAUGACUUGUGCCGCGAAGUUCUGGCGCUCAGACGGAGGGCCAAGCACAGUCUCCUCGACAGAAUGCUUGGCUCCAAAACUGCCUACAGAGUGUACUCCAGGGGGAAGAGUGACAGCGCUUUGCCAAAAGAUUAGAAUAUAAUGCAUUUAGUUUAUAAUUUAGAAACUUUUGGAUAGAUUGAAAGCCACAGAGCUACGAAGCUCUGUGGCUGCUAUUCCGACAUAGAAAUACGUCGUGAGUUCGAAACUAAUUGACACCUAAAAUCUCAGUGUCUCAACUUAUAUUUCUGACUGACUCUCCUGUGAUGGAAACACUGACAACAAACGACUAAACUAAACUGAGUGACGACAGUAAGGCAGUAAGUUACAUUAUGUGCGUCAAUGCUUCUGACUACCCCAUCUGGGUUAAUAGUCUUGAUAGCAUACAUAUUUAUUUUUAUUAUUGUACAGAUAUUGAGAUGUACCACGAAACCAAAAUAUUCAUACCAAAGAAGAAUUCUUUCGUUAGAUGAAAUAUUGAUAAAUGUAUUUCAAAAGAAAUAAGUCGAAAAUACAUAGCAAUUUGAUGCUCAUAAUAUUAGGUUAAGUAUACGCAUGCCUGGAUUCUUGUUUUCCUGAGGCCCCGGUGGUCUAACGGUUUAGUACACUGCUUUACUUAUCAAAUUGAUUGUAUUAAUUUUGUUAUUGUCUAUACAAAAAUGUAUAUAAAUAUUUAUAUUAGUUAUUUAGUACAAGCACCCAUAGCACAAGCUCUGCUUAAUUUGCUAAUAUAUGGCGCUGUGUGAAUUGUCCUGGAUUAUUAUAGACAUAAUAUAUACUUUUUAUAAUCCCUAUUUUCUGCAACUCCCACACAUAAUGGAAGCCAGGUAGUAAGUAGUAUGAAUAAACCUUAAAAUAAACAUCUGAAAAUUAGGUAAUUUACACAGCGUAUACAAUCUAUAAAUUAUAGGCAUAGUAUUGUUUGAUAUAUUAUAAUUGUGGAUUUAAAUGUAGGAAUAAAUACAAAUGAGAACAUAUAUCUAUUUCAUAAAAUAUAUUUAUAUGUAAAUUAAUUUAUACAAACAUUUAUGAAUUUGUAAAUAAGGUAGCAUAAAUUUUUUUGUGACCUAUGGUAGCAAAAGUAAUUACUAUCAUUAGACAUAGGUUUUAAUAAAGUUUUCUACGUAUACAGAAAAUAAAUAUGGUAAUAUACGAAAGUCAGAAUUCAUAUUGCUAUAAUAUUUAUUGUCUUAUACUUAUCGUAUGAGAAUAUGUUAACGUGUGUAACGAUAUAAUAGAAAUCAGAAAAUUGAAUGGUUAGAUUAAAUAAUUUUGAAGUAAUUUAAUCAACUCUUUUUAUUAUCAAGUCUAUCUAUAUUAUAAAUAUAUCCUCCAGCGUCAUGGCCAAACAGACCAUUGAUCUUAGUAUAUGUACUUACAUCUGAGUGUAUUAAUUAGUAUAUGCAUCAGAUUUCAAAUACAAUUAAUUAUUUUUUAUAUUUUAUCAAAUUAGGCGUUAUUUACGGUAGUCCAUUAACUUAUUUUUUUAAUUUCGGUACCACUAAUAUGUGAAUUAUUUAUUAAGUUACUAUAUAAAAAAGUAUAAAAUAUUUAUA